UUUUAAACUUAAAAUGGAGCCCAAAGAUUCGUUAUAUCAAAUAGAUCCUUCAAAAAAGCUUGCUGAGACAAAGAAACCAGCUCAGAACUGGCCUGGAUGAGGCGUCAAAGUUGGAUCUUCAUUUGAUUUCCAAGAAAGAACUAAAGAUCUUCAUGAACCUCAAGAUUUCAAACAAAAUUUAAAAGAGAGGAGCAAGUCUGAACAUGAAGUAAAGUAUAUUAAUACCACCCAACCCCUUCCUCACCCUCCUCUCUCAUCUCCCAAAAUACCCGAAGAGUCCAAAACCAGCCUCCAAAAAACCAUCAGUGAGGUCAAGAAGGGGAAUGGCCGCCUUGAGCUAGAACAAGUUGAGAGUGAAGAAAGUGAUUGAUUUGAGAUAGGAGGUGGGGCGAAGGAGGUGGAGGGGGUAAGGGGGUUUAGAGAGAAGAGUGAGGAGGAAGAGAUUGGGGUGGAGGGUACCAAGAAAUAUUCAGAUACUCUAGUCAUUGCUAGUGAGAUCAUAACUUCCCUAGUAGACCAAAUCGAAGAAUUAUGAACGCGCAAAAGAUAUUAUAAAACUCAAAUUAUCAAAAUCCAAGAAGCCCAGAGAGUAUCAAGAAUCCAGCACAAAUGAAAGAUAGAUGCCCUAACUGAGAAACUUUCUGGUCUAAAGGUCAAACAUCAGGAAGCUAUUGAUUAUCAUCUUCCUAUAGAGCAGGAGUAUUAUAAAUCUAUUGUGAAGAUUGCAAAUCCUGAUAAAGACCCUGAGUUAUUAGCCCUCAAAGAGAACAUGAAGCAACUGGAGAAGACUUACAUAGAGCAGAAAACUGCUUUAGAGUCUGACAUCAAUAUAAAGAGUAAAUAAAGAAUCAACAUUUGCACGUGAAGCCGAACGGCUUCACCGCAAGAAGGAUUCUUUAGAGAAAUCUAUUUCUGAAAUGUCAGAUGAGCUACUUAUGCUCAAUAACCAUAAAGAAAUUCUAACAGAUAAUCUUUCUAGACUCGGAAGCCAGAGACAAGCUCUUGCUUCAGAGUUUAAAAAGAGAGAGGCUGAGAUCUCAAAUAGUGAUGAAAUCCAAAAAUUGGAGGAGACCCUGAAACAGAGAAAGCAAGAGACUGAUAAAUUUGAGUUCAACAGUGAGAGGCAUCUAAAAAGCCUUGCUCAAGAAGCAGGUAAACUAGAGGUCGAAGUCAAGGUAAUGAGAGACCGAACUUCAGUCCUCAACAGAAGUAUCAAUUUCGAAAAAGAUAGCUUCCAUGAAUCCUUAAUGUUCGAGGUAUCAAAGUGUGAGAAGAUUUACGACGAUUUCCAGAUAGAAAGAACCAAAUUAAAACGAUUAAAAGACAUUAAGCACCAGAGAAGGAGCCAAUUAGAAAGAACUAAGUUGGAGCUCCAGAGUUGACAGUUUAGCCUCAUGCUUGCUCAGGAAAAGCUAAAAAAAUUUUCAAAGUUUAGAGAUACGGUUGAUUACAAAGUCUAUAUUCAUGAUAUCAAGAAAGCACAGCGUGAUGAAUUAGCACCUCUGGAGCUAGAAGUGGCCAAGAUGCAGACCAAGGUGAACCGUCUAGAGAUUUUAGACUUACCAGAGCCUCCUAUUCCUUUGCUGUUGAUGAGAAUUACUAUUGGGGUUCUUUUGUUCAUAUUGGUGACAAUGCUGAUUCUGUUCUAA